ACAUCUGUCAUUCACAGCAGGGUGUGGGGAGUGAAUGACACCCAGAGGUUGCAUCACGUUCUGACUCAUCGCUAUCAGCAACACUUUGUCGCCUAUUUUCCAUCUUUGUUUGUUUUACGUAACCACACUGGGCUUCAGUUUUUUUUUGUUAUUGCCGAACACAAAAACGGACAAGGCAUCAGUUUUGAGGAAAAAGUGAGAUGAUAUCAGUGGCACCACCAGAAACGUUCUUUCUGCCCAUCUGGAGCUGAGUCCUUGUCAUUCAAGCAUCUCCUCGACCGCCUUCCUCCAUCUUUGCUGACACUGCGAGUUAGAAAAGUUUCCAGGUGCUCCAAAAGCUCCAAAGUUUGUCUGACCAGAAGGAACUCGGACCCACAAAGAAAGAGCUUGCCCGCUGCUGUCAUGCAUUACGGUAGCAGCGUGUGCAGGUGUGUGCCCGACAGGUGAGCCAGGUGCCGGCACCAGACUGCCGCUUGGCCGGCAUGUUGUGUAGCGUGGACGCCACCGGACCACGGCCAUAACCAAUACGGCGUCCAUGGAGCUGUGUGCUCCCAACAUGAGCGAGAGUGGAGGCUCCCUCUGCCAGGUGAAGCAGCUUCCCCGCCACGGCGUCUCCCUUUGCCGCCUGCGGGCCAGCGUGCGGCCCCCUCGCACCCACACGUCCCGGGGCGACCGGGCGCCCCCCGCCCUCCGCCGGCGGCCGAACGGAGAGGCGGCGUCCCGCGGGGCCCCGAAAGCGGGCCGUCGGGGCUCCUCUGGCGGCACGGUGCUGGUGACCGGAGGUGGGGGGUACUUCGGCUUCAGGCUGGGGAGGGCGCUGGCUGCCCGGGGCAUGUCUGUGAUCCUCCUGGACAGGAGCGAGCCUUCUUGGGACAUUCCUGAUGGAGCGCUCUUCUAUCAGAGCGACAUCCGGGAUUAUUCGUCUCUCUUCCACGUAUGCGAGGGGGUCGACUGCGUGUUCCAUUCCGCAUCUUACGGCAUGUCCGGCCCGGAACAGCUGAGGAAAGAGCAGGUGGAGUCCGUCAACGUGGGUGGGACCACGAACGUCAUAAAUGCGUGCAAAGAAAGGAGCAUCCCCCGGCUGGUGUACACCAGCACCACCAAUGCAGUAUUCGCGGGGGAGCCCAUUGAGGAUGGCGACGAGGCCUCGGUCCCCCGCGUGCCCCCCGACAGGCACAUUGAUCACUACUCCAGGACGAAAGCCAUAGCGGAGCAGAUGGUCCUUUCUGCCAACGGGUGCGCCCUCAAAGGCGGCGGUCUGCUGAGGACCUGCGUCUUGCGGCCUUGCGGCAUCUACGGCCCCGAAGAGCGCAGACACCUACACAGAGUGAUGGUGAACGUGGAGCGUCGCUUGUUCAGUUUCCGUUUCGGCGAUCGGCGGGCCAGGAUGAACUGGGUCCACGUGGACAACCUGGUUCUGGCCCACACGCUGGCCGCGGACGCCCUCACCGCCAAGCGGAGCUGCGUCGCUAGCGGACAGGCUUACUUCAUCAACGACGGACUUUCAGUGAACCUCUUUGAGUGGUUGACACCUCUAUUUGAGAGAUUGGGCUACAGCAGGCCGUUGAUAAACCUGCCAGUUUCUCUCGUCUAUUCAGCAGCCAUUCUGGUGGAAUACUUGCACAUAUUCCUGAGACCGGCGAUGGAGGUGCCGCUCCUGUUCACCAGAAGUGAAGUGAGGAACAUAGCAGUAAGCCACACCUUCAAGAUAGACAAGGCCCGCAGAGAGUUGGGCUACCGUCCCAAAUCCUACAGCCUGGCGGACUCCGUGGAGCAGUACCUGAAAUCCCGACAGGCCCGCUCGGGUUCGCCUCUGGUCCGCUGGGCCCCCCGGCCGCACGGACCCCGCGCGGUGCUGCUGAUGAAGCUGCUGACGGCGUUGGGAAUGCUGCUCGUCAUGUUGAGCUGCAUGCCGUGUAAGAGCCUCGCUGGCUGAACACCAACAUCGUACAAUGUUUCUCAAGUAUGCUCGCCUCACGUUAACUCGUGUACACACAAUCAAAUAUGUCAGCAGUGGCCGCCGUCUAAUGUGAGCUUCCAUUGUGCCUUAGAAAAGAUGAUUUUCUUUUAUAAUUUGGAUUUUUACUUUUCAUUUUUUCAAAAUUGCGAAUUCUUACUUAUUUAUUUGAGUUUUUAUUUCAUUUCUAUUUUAAUUUUAUUUAGACUAAAGCUUUAAGUUGAUCUUUAAAUGUAUUUUGAAAUUGAAUUUCCUUUAAAUUGAAUGUAUACAUUUUCUUCACUGCAUAACAUUAAAAAAAUAAUAAUAACAACAAUUAACAAAUGUAAUGUAAGUAAAUACAAUACCAUAAAUUGAAUUCAAAAUGUGCGUUUUAAUUUCAUUUAAAUGAUUAAAAUGUAUUGUUUGUAUUUACUUUUGUUUUUUAAAGUGUUCAUUUCAUUCCAAUUUAAUGUCAAUUUUCUUCACAGCUUGAAGCACUGACGAGUGUACCACUACACUAUCAGUGACGCUCAUUUUAUUUUAGAUUUUUUAUUAAUUUCAUAAAUUUAUCACUGAGAAAUACCUAAUAAAUCACGUAGUGGUAUUACACUGACAAUAAAACUUUUCCGUAAAGGUACAAAUUGUCAAUCAAAACUCACUAUCUUUGU